AUGUCUUCCAGCGUUCUCCCUCUCGUGCGGCUACCGGAGCCAUACAAAACCACUUAUCAAUUUCAUGUUGUUUCCAGUGAACAAAAUGUCCGCACGUUCCAGUUGCUCCGAUCCCCCCGCGCAGACGAAGGCAUAGCUCCUCCAAAACAAUUGGACAAUGCUUCCUUGAGUUUCACGGAUUUGAUACAUCCGGAUCCAUUGACCACCCCCGAAGAUAGCAACAACUCCCCCUGGGCUCGUGCACAGAGGAGUCCGUUUGUACACUUCACUUGGAUGAGCUCAGAGGCACCUACCGUGGGCCAAAUCUGGAAUGUCAUCUAUGCAAUUCAGACAUUGCAUAGUGAUUUCGAGGUUUUCCGCGCAGUUCUAUCUGGCAUUGGCAAAGACUUGAUCUCACGAGAGCUAAAGGCCGUAGGUCUCGCCAUUGCCCAUCCUGAGCCUUCAGCAGCUCCGGGAAAACCCGUGCCCACGUCCACCACUCACCAAGGAGAGCUGGUGUUCUUCCGCAGCAGCUUUUGGCAAGGUGCAGGCUCGCCGUUUGGCACUCGCCCAGCAUGGGUAUCUGACCCCAGUAUCUACAGCUACAUGCGCAAGCCCUUGAACAGCUACCCAUCUCGACCUCAGCAGCACAUGGUGACCACCGGGUUCCCUGAACGUCGAGUGCAUGCUCUCCACCCCGUCCGACCUCCCAAGCCAGCCGCUGGUUCUCGAGUAUACAGCCGAUACAUCCCACAUCUGGACGAGUUCUUCUCGGUGUUUGCACUCGAUUACAAGAAUCCAGAACACCUUGGUCUUUUCAACAAAUGGCAGAAUGACCCACGUGUUGCUCAGGGUUGGAAUGAGACUGGAACACUGGACGAGCAUAGAGAGUAUCUACGGAAGAUUCACGAGGAUCCGCACCAGAUGGCUGUCCUGGCCAAGUUCAACGAUACAUUCUUCUCUUACCACGAGAUCUACUGGACAAAGGAGGACCACCUUGGCGCAUACUACGAUGCCGGGGACUGGGACCGAGGCCGUCACUCCCUCGUCGGCGACGAGAGGUUCCGAGGCCCGCACCGUACAAUUGCAUGGUGGUCCGGGUUGAUGCACUACAUUUUCCUGGACGACCCGAGAACGGAGUUUGUCACUGGCGAGCCGAAGUACUCCAACUUGGCCCCCUUGACGUACGACCACGCCACUGGCAUGAAUCUUGCCAAGCUGGUCGACUUGCCGCACAAGCGCUCCGCUCUCAUACUUGGCAGUCGUGAAAAGUUUUUCCAUGUAGCUCCUUUGCGAUUUGAUGGGUCGGACGCCCUUGACCGGAACCCCUUCCGCUCGUUGAAGCUAUGA